AUGAGCUCAGUCACGUUAGGCCUCACCGAGGUGACUGGAGCCAAGGGGAGCGUGUGGCUCUCAGGGAGGGAGCAUCCGGGCAGAGGGAUGGCCAUGCAAAGGCGCCAGCAGCAGAGGCUUGCUGCAGCUCUGCCCUGUGCCCUAGGGCUCGGGAUGCUGCUGGCCCUGCCAGGGGCUCUGGGCUCAGGUGGCGCCAACCACGGCGUGGGCUCCAGCUCUGUCACUGUUGUCCUGCUGCUGCUGCUGCUCCUGCUACUGGCCACUGGCCUGGCUCUGGCCUGGUGCCGCCUCAGCCGGGACUCAGGGGGCUACUACCACCCAGUCCGCCUGGGGGCUGCGCUGUGGCAACGCACCUGCCGCCUGCUCUGGGCCAGCCCCCCAGGCCGCUGGCUGCAGACCCGGGCUGAGCAGGGGUCACCAGACAACGACCCAGAGCAGCAGGAGGAUGAGCAGGAGGCAGAAGACGACUACAUUAUGGAUGGUGGCCUGCGGGUGGCCGAAGCCCGGGAGGGCGUGCAGCAGUGCGGAGAGGGGCCCAGCCCAGAGCGGACCCCGGAGCAGGCUGAGGACGCACACAACAGUGAUUCCGAAGGGGGCCUGGGCCUGGGCUCCCAGGGGCCAGCGGGCUCAGGGGGCAGUGCCGAGGCCCUGCUGAGUGACCUACAUGCCUUUUCUGGCAGCGCAGCCUGGGACGACAGCACUGGGGCAGCUGGAGGCCAAGGCCUCCAUGUCACUGCACUAUAG